AUGGCAGUAGACGUGGUUCUUGAUUUAGCAGCCACUGCAACAUUUUUGUCUAGUAUCAAUACCCGCGACGUCGACGAAGCUGUGCUGAACACUAAAACUACUCUGUGCACGGUCCAGGAGUGUUCAGAAAGUUAUACGGAUGAGAUACCAAGCCCUGUACCAGAAUUGGAAAGUGACGCCCGAGCUGCUCAUGCCCAUGGACCAACAUCUAGGCCUGAAACUCAGGGAUGGACCAGGAGGCCCCGUCACGGCAAGAUGCCAGACGAACGGGAGAUCGCGCCGGACCGUGUAUCAGCCCUCGAGAAAGCCUUUAGAGGGUUCGCUGACCGAGGGUCGGAUGCGGUGGUGCUUCCAUCUGUAGGGCUGACAUUUGAUUCGAUCGGGGAAGCCUACGAUUUUUACAAUCUUUAUUCUUGGGAGGCUGGGUUUGGUAUAAGGUAUGGCAGAAGCAGAAACAAUGUCAAAGGCACUAGGUCAAUGCAAGAGCUGCUAUGUGUUUGCGCGGGUAAGCCAAAGCAGGAGAACACUACGUCCAGCCGAUGCCAGUGUCCGGCACUUGUCAGGCUCCUACGGACAGAUGAUCAGGGGUGGUUCAUAUGUGAGUACAGGGGGACACACAACCACAGACUGUUGAACACAUGUGCGGAGAAGCUGCACUUCCCGUCGCACAGGCACAUUGACAAGUACACAAGAGAUCUGGUCGCUCAACUGCGUGCGAACAAUGUAAACCUCAGCAAGGUGUACAGCAUAAUAGGCACAUUUUUUGGCAGGCUCGAGAACGUCCCGUUCACAAAAAGGUGCCUCAGGACUCUGUGUGGCAAGAUAAGUCAAGAACAGGCAGACGACGACGUCAAAAAGACAAUGGAGAUGUUCUCGGAGCUGAAGGCACAGGACAGCGAGUUCACGUACCAGGUCCGAGUUGAUGAUGAAAGUAGGAUACGCACCCUGAUAUGGACAAACGGACGGAGCAAGCUCCAGUACCACCAUUUUGGGGAUGUUGUCACAUUCGACACCACGUACAAAACAAACCUGUAUGACAUGCCCUUUGGUCUGUUCGUUGGUGUGAACAACCACUUCCAGAGUGUGUUGUAUGCUGGGGUGUUGAUGAGGGACGAGACGGUUGAGAGUUUCGAGUGGGUUUUCCGGGAAUUUGUUAGGUUGAUGGGUGGGAAAAAGCCAAUAACAAUCCUAACAGACCAAGCAAGAGCUAUGGAGAUUGCCAUAAGCACUGUAUUGCCGGAAGCGACCCACCGUUGGUGCAAAUGGCAUGUUCUGAGGAAAGCGAAGGAGUCGCUUGGCACCCACUACAGCAAAAGGUCAAAUUUCAGGACAGAUUUCCACAAUCUUGUUGAUGAGAUGCUGACAGUGGAUGAAUUUGAGGCUGGGUGGAAAGAGAUCGUGGAGAGGUAUGGGUUGGCAUCGAAUACAUUCCUAAUCCAAGCUUAUGAGGUCAGAAACAAGUGGGCCAAACCAUAUUUCAGCGGCAAGUUCUGUGCAAAACAGACAAGCACGCAGCGGAGCGAGAGCGCGAACCACAUGCUUAAAAGCUAUGUGCCCCCCGCCUGUCCGAUGAAUGUAUUCGUGAAACAAUAUGGAAAAUUGCAAUACGACCGGGAGCAGGAGGAGGGGUUCCAGGAGAAGAGAACCAGGCUGGGUGGCGCUGUCAUAAAAUCCAAUCUGCCCAUCGAGCGGCAUGCCAGCAAGGUGUAUACACGGACAAUGUUCGAGAUGUUCGGCAGGGUUCUGUUUGUUGCCGGUUCGUACGAGGUAGAGGAGAUUGAACCUAAGAGAAAAUAUGUCGCCUCGCACAUAAACCCAGAUGCAAUGAAAGAUUGGUACAAGACCAGGUUUGCUGUCGAUGUGCAUGAUGACUGCUCUUUUUUUUCCUGCGAGUGCGGUAGGUUCGAGCACAUGGGCAUGGUGUGCUGCCACAUCCUUAAGGUUAUGAUUUUUUUGCGGAUCCGCGCAAUACCAAUUAGGCACAUCGUAAAAAGGUGGACAGUGGAUGCUAGAGACAUACUACCCGAUCAUAUUAAGCACUAUCAGAAAGACAUGGGUCCACCUGAAGCCUCGACCUUCAGACACUCUGCUAUGUAUAUAACCGCACUUGAGUUGGUGCACAUGGGAGAUAGUAACCCGGACUCAUUCGAGUGUGUCAUGGCAGGGCUGUGUGAGCUCAAAUCAAAGGCUGCAUCGCUGUGCGGGAUGAAGGAUGGGAAGAGCAUGUUGGAGAAAUCGAAAGAGGCAUCCGCUAGCAUGACUGUUUCACUGGACUCCAGACAGUCUAGACUGUCGACCAAGAAAACGACAGUCGUAACAUCACAUAGGACAGUACAGGAUUGUUCAGGGGAUGGGUCCUUUGUCGAAGGAGGGGGAACUGGCCUUGUGGCAGAAGACAAUGCAGAAGUGUCGUCUACCCCCACUGCAGGUGAAGUGAUAUUACCACCGGAAAGGAGGCUGAAGCAAGGACAACCAAGCACGGCCAGGGACAAGCCGCCAUAUGAGACAACUGGCAAACGAUCGAGGUUCUGUAGUAUAUGCCAGGGGAAAGGUCACAAGAGCACUACCUGCCCUGAUAGGGGAGACACUCCAGUUAAACCAAGGAAGGAAGCACAAUGCAGCAACUGUGGGAUCACUGGACAUAGGAAAACAAGUUGCUCCAAGCAACUCUUCAGUCCGUUUGCAGCGGUUGCAGACAUGACAGGGUAG